AUGAUCCUGCGCCACCUCCACCUCCCUUACCUGACCUCCUACCUCCACGCCGACAAACUACAACAAACCCUCGUCUCCAACCUCCUCGCCCACAAAGCCUCGCCCAAGACCGUCCCGCCCCCACAACCUACCAUAAUCACAGCCCAGUUCCACCCCGUCUACACCUGCGGCCGGCGAGAAGUAGGAAAUCUCUCCCGAGACCAGAUCGACUACUUGACCGCAUCUACUCCCCACGGCACAGCCUCCUUCCACGAGGCCCUCCGAGGCGGGCAAACAACCUUUCACGGACCCGGCCAACUCGUCGUAUACCCCAUCAUCGACCUGAAACGCCACAACCUCUCACCUCGCUGCUACGUCAAUUACCUCGAACAGUGCGUCAUCGACAUCCUCAAGUCCGGGUGGAACGUCCAGGCGGUAAGGACCGACAACCCAGGAAUCUGGACGGACGAAGAACAUAAGAUUUGUGCGCUGGGAGUGCAUCUUAGACGGAAUGUCACGAGUCAUGGAAUCGGAUUGAAUCUGAGCACAGAGAUGGGAUGGUUUGAGAGGAUUGUGGCGUGUGGGUUGGAAGGGAAGAAGACGACCAAUUUGCAGCAGAUGGUGGGGCGUGGGAAGACGGUGGAUGUGGAAUGGGCGGCGCGGUCUUUUGUUAGGAGGUUUGGGGAUGGGUUAGAGGGGUCUGAGGCGAUUGAGAAGAUCGGUGAGGGGGAUGUUUGA